GUCGCCAUUCUGUUUUUUGCCAAGUGAAAAGCAACCUCGUGUUACAAUGUUUAUUUUCGAUCGGAAUCGGCUAUUUGAUGAAAAUUAAGGGAUGCAAAGUUCAUUCAAUCGUUUGCAUGAGCACAAAUUGUUAAUUAAUGAAAACGUUGCGCUGAUCCAAGCAUUGACAGCAAGUAAUUGCGGUAAAAAAAUAAACGAUCUUUCUACGCUGAGGUUCUAGAUUCUCCCAUAUGAGGUGGCAUGAGCAUCACUCAUUGGCCGAAUCUCUCCCCCGAUUGAUCGUGUUCGUGUGACCUUUUUCCGUUUAUGCAAAACUUUGGGAUAUUUUUCUCAUGAUCUCGUGGCAAAACAACAACAGGCGAAAUAAUACUCUUAAAAGUUGUACCAACGUUGCUUCUGGCGGGUUAUUGCAUUAAUAAACUUUUGUAUACGAGUGCUGUGCAGUGUGUGAAGUAAAAGCAAAUGAAUCAUCGCCGAAUAUUGGAGAAAUAAAAACAUUUUAUGGAUUUCGCGAUGUUGUCACGGCGAAUAUUUGCUGAUUGAAAGUCACGGUCAUGCGUAAGGGAGGUGAAGACGGAGCCACUAUGUGAUCCUAGCACUAGUUCUGCCAUCAACAUCAAGAGAGAAAAUAAUUAUUUAGAAUUAUAACAGUUCUAAUUGUCGUUAUACUCGCGUUCGGUCUCUCUUUCCGACGUCUUAAUCGGGCACUUUGCCUGGUCAUUUUCGUUUUCAUUGUCAUUGUCAUUCGCGAGCGUCACUCUAUCCCUAUUGUUUCCACGCUUGUAAAACCUCUUAUCUAUCAGCCAAUAAAAGAUUAGACAGAUUUAGCCCAAACAACAUAUUGGCUGCCAUAGCUGCUGAAUAUCCGUCUCUGCUUUUAUUAGAGAGAGUUUGUUGUCAAUACUCGUACACGCGAUAGUCUCUCCAGGUCAUUGACUGUAUAAAGUAUUACACAUUUUCAAGCAAAAUAAAUAACCACUGACAAAUGAAAUGUAAAACGUCAGGAGGCAUUGAUCAAUACCUCAACUGACUGACGAUUCAACAUUUAUAAAGCUAUCAUUGCCCUUUAAAAAUCUGGUUUCUUCCACUACUCUUCUGGCAAAUUCUGAACAACAAUGGGAGACACUAGUUAUUCAGAUUUUCUCUUGAGCCUUGGAGGCAGUGGCACCAUUGACGGACUUAUCAAGCAAGAACCAGCUCAAGAAAUGGUGCCGUCAUCGGCAUCUGUCCCAAUCCCUGGUGGCCAUAGGGGUACCAGAGGUGUUUAUGAUCAGUUUUCGCCUUCUCCAUUAACAGCGCCAUCAGCCUGGGGACCAAGACCUGAUCACGUGAUAUCACCUUUUAAACUGGAUCCGGAUCAAUUAGACACUUCUUUUAAAAUGGAUGAUGACGAUAUAUUUCAAGUGGACAAAGCAGACUUGUUCCAGGGUCCUACCUUGGCUGAAUUGAAUGCUAACGACGAUACUCUCUUAGGAGAUUUGAACUUUGAUGAUUUGCUUUUACCUGAAGAACAAAAUCAGCCAUUAAAGCUCAACGAUGCAAUCCAGUCAUCUGGUUCCCUAUUUAGUGGUGUAUCCACGUUUGUUUCUAGCAGUUUUCCACAAUCUGGCCCUUUAUAUCGAAACUCGCAUAUGUAUCAAAAUCCUUCUGCUUUUCAUCUUAACGGAGGUGUUAGUCUUAUGGAAACUGCAGAGACAGCAAGUCCUCCUGCAUACCCUAGCCCAGGGACCAGUAAUGCUGCAGGAAGCUCCACAGCCAGUUCAUCCACAUCACCCCACUUAGUAACGCGUAAUCCCGCCCAAUCUACGCUUCAUGAAUUGUUAUUGAGAAGAGGCGACAAUCCGCCAACCAGCCCAAUGAGAGGACAAGUAGAACCUGCGUUGGUUCUUGGUGGAAAACCCCGAGCCUCACGUUUAUCGAUGUCUGCACCAACACAAUCUAUGGGACUUGAACAAAUUUGGGCUCGGAGGGAGCCACGACAGCAUCUAUUGAGUACUGGUAGUUUGGGAUUAGCUGAAGCUGGCUCUACGAGCAGUCUGAGUACAGGAGGCGCACUUAGCCCAGAUCCACUCAGUUAUCCUGAUCCAUUUAGCCAUGAUGAAGGAUAUGAAGACAGUGACGACGAUAGUGAUCAUUACGACGACUAUAGCUCGGAUAAUGACUCAGGAGGCAGUGACGUGGAAGAUCAAGGAGGAGUGAAAGUUGCGGUUACCGGAGACGGAGUCAGAGAUAGGCAUAGCAAGAAGGAGCGCUACUUUUGGCAGUAUAAUGUACAAGCUAAAGGGCCGAAAGGUCAGAGGCUAGUGGCACGAGCUCGAUUGGAAGAUCCACACGUUUUAAAUGAGGCUACAGAUCCUGUAUUUAGUCCACAUUGUGCACUCAGAGGCAUAAAGCACAGCGGCAAGGCUCGCAAAGGUGACGGCAAUGACCUUACACCCAACCCUAGGAAGCUGUUCAGUAUUGGACGAGAAUUGGACAAGCUGGCUAGAGUUAUCAACGAUAUGACUCCUGUCUCAGAAUUACCGUUUAAUGCCCGGCCCAAAACUCGCAAAGAAAAGAACAAGCUUGCUUCACGUGCGUGUCGCCUUAAGAAGAAAGCUCAACACGAAGCCAAUAAAAUCAAGUUGCAUGGUCUUGAGCAGGAGCACAGACGACUGAUUUAUGGUAUAGCGCAGAUAAAACAAACAUUAGCUGCCAAAUUAACUGAGGCCAACCCCGAAAAGCAGGAGGAAAUGACACGACAAAUGGAAAAAGUUUGCAAGUCAGCAACUAAAGUGCGCAUCGCAAGCCAUUCAACUGAAUUCGUCAACAAAGUGUUGGAUAAAGUUAGAGCUGGGGUGCCUGAUGGAGGAAUCGACGAUUUCUAGUAUACAGUUGUCUUCAUAUAGUGUGUUUCAUUCAACUAUCUACAGAGAGUGGAAGAAUUCAUGGGUUAUAUGCGACAGCAAGGCUAUAUUUUUAUGACACGGUAAAUAACUGUUAAUUUAUUACUUAUCAUUACUUAUAAUAAUCUAUGUUACGUUAGCUGUAAACAUAUAUGUAUCCGAGGGCUGUAUCAGUACACCAAACCAAUUUCCAUCAAUUUCACAGUUAUGCUUCUUUUUUCCAUUUUUAAAUGCAUAUCACAGACUGCUUUAUUUUUCAUUAGACCAUCCAUAAAUUACUAUGUUUUAGUAUAUUACAACUUUGUUGUAUUGAUUUUACCGUAUUAUGAGUCCAGAAAACGUUGAAAAGGAAAUGACAUCUCUUGAGUAAUGUGUUAUUUGAUAUACAACCGGGUCAUUACUACUAUAAUUGUUUUUUCUUUAUUUUAUUUUAUUUUUUUUGUUUGUUCAGCAAUCAGUGACCGAUAAAUUCUUAGAUUUAUUUAAUGGGGUUUGUUCGAAUAAUUUACUGGGAAAUCAAUCUAACUAAAAUUAUAUUGUAUAACAUGUAACGUUGGUAAGGCCCUCGGGUAUAGAAAUAUAGUUGACUCGGUCUACCUCAAAAAGAAACUCUAUACCUGCUACAAAUAUUUAAAUGGCAAAAAAAAGGCAAAAAUUAUUCAAUUUAUUAGCGAUAUACAUAAGAUAUACACGUACACUAUUAAUAUACACCCGAUGUAAAAGCAACGCAAACUGAACAUUAAUUUUAAGUUAUUAGAUUGGGAAAUUGCUCUGGCAGCAAUUCCUUGUAACAUUGAUAUAUAUUACGUUUGGUUUUUAAAUAUUUUAUUAAUAUAUCCACUAUAAUAUUGGAUUACAACAUAAAAAUAUUGUCAACCUAGAGCUAAAGUGAUGCCUAAGGUAAAAAUGAUGAAUAGUUCGAGCAAUUCUAAAAAAAGAUCCUCUUUUUUCCAAUACUUGUAAAAGCAUGCGUGCUUAUUUGAUGACAUUCUUGGGUAAACUUAGAGAGAUAUAUCAUUUUGACUCUAGGUAUUCGAAUAGACUACAACAUAUAAAUAUAUAAAUAUAUAUUAUAUAUAUACAUAUAUUUUUUACAUUACUUAUAACGGACCCAAUGUCGGUCGGGAUUAUCACGUUGUUUUGAGAAUUUUUAGUUGAACGUAGAAGACUAAACGGCGAACGGAUUAAAAUUGAGAAAAGGAAAUUGAAAGUAAAGAGUUAUGAAUAGUCAAAUGAUAUUUAGCGAUUCUAUAGUUUAGUUUUUUUCUCAAUUCUAAUUUGAAUAAAAAUUCUGCAAAUUGAAAUAAUUCAUAUGUAUAGACAGGCUACAAAUGCGUGAUUUUAAAGGGACUUUUAGUUUCUGGCCUAUGGCUUUUUAUUUUUCCAGAAGUUUCUAUGAGUCGAGAUGAUAAGAAUUUGACGUAAUUUACAGGGUCUUCUGGCAUGCUUGCCCAAUGUGUAAGCAUUUGUUUUCCCUUUGGCAUCACACCCUCAUUAAAAUCAAACUGAUUAAGAAAAAAAAUACAAUUUCUUUUUCAAUCUAAAGUCACCACACCAUUUUAAUCUGUAGCCUGUACAACUCGUUUUAAAUAUUAAAGAUGUAUUUAAAUAUACACAGUUUUGUUUUGUAAUUAUUUUUAGAAAAAUAUACAAUAUUCGUAAUUCACGAUGAUCAUGAAACCAAACUUGUACGUAGUGUCAGAGAAUUGCGAUGGAAAGUCGUCGGUAUUUUUGUAGCGCUUUUUAUAUCCUUUUAUAUCCAGAAUCUGUCAAUAUGUAUGAUAAUAAAUUAAUCUGUGGAAUCUAACCAUAGUAACUACGAACAAUUCAAUGAAUUGAUCAGGUAUGUUCUGCCAGAAACAUGAUUGAAAUAAUUUCCAGCUUAUAAUUAUUUCCAUAUGAAUUAUAGAUCAGAUUUUAAUAACUCCAAAUGAUGUCCCACUACGAUGUCCCCGAUAGUUUGCAUAUCCCUAACUAAGGAAAAUUGGCCACCAAUUUAGAAUCCUGAAAAGCUGGACAACAGGUAUGGAGAAUAUUCGUAAUCAUCUGAUAACGUCGUCUUUUUGUGGCAGUGUUGUACAUAGGUUCUGAAUCAGGUGGAAAUAGUUACUUAAUACUUAUCAUGGUCUUUGAUUAAUGAUUCUUGCUAUUCGGCGAUUGAUUUUGUGGAUUGUAUAAAUUCAGCGGUUACUCAUUCUUGGGAUUGCAAGACCCUUGUAAUUUGUAAUGGAAAGUGAUUAUAAAGAUGCACAAUCAUGUUGAAGGUAUUACGGUAUUUUAUUCACAUUAUAUUCAUAUUAAAUAUUGAGUAACGUAAAUAUACAAGUAUAUAUAAAUAAAUAAUGCAACAUCUGUAAAAGGCUACAAAAUAACAACAUAAUAAAAUUGUGAUCAAUUGAAACUGAA